UGGCGGGAGAGGCGACGGGCGCAGGGCCUGGCCACCCCUCCCACAGAAUGCCUGAGGGCCCUGAGCUGCAUCUGGCCAGUCACUUUGUGAACGAGGCAUGCAGGGAGCUGGUGUUUGGUGGGUGUGUGGAGAAGUCACCUGUCAGCCGCAACCCUGAGGUGCCCUUUGAGAGCAGUGCCUACCACAUCUCAGCUUUAGCCCGAGGCAAGGAGCUGCGCCUGACACUGAGCCCCCUGCCUGGGGCUCAGCCCCCACGAGGGCCACUGGCCCUCGUCUUCCGCUUUGGCAUGACCGGCUCCUUCCAGCUGGUGCCCAGCGAUGCGCUGCCACCCCAUGCCCAUCUGCGCUUUUACACGGCUCCCCCUGGCCCCCGACUUGCCCUCUGCUUCGUGGACAUCCGCCGCUUUGGCCACUGGGACCUCGGGGGCCAGUGGCAGCCAGGCCGCGGGCCGUGUGUCUUGCUGGAGUACGAGCAGUUCAGGGAGAAUGUGUUACGAAACCUAGCAGACAAGGCCUUUGACCGGCCCAUUUGUGAGGCCCUCUUGGACCAGAGGUUCUUCAAUGGCAUUGGCAACUAUCUGCGGGCAGAGAUCCUAUACCGGCUGAAGAUACCCCCCUUCGAGAAGGCCCGCACAGUUCUGGAGGCACUGCAGCAGCACAGGCCGAGCCCGGAGCUGACCCUGAGCCAGAAGAUCAGGGCCAAGCUGCAGAACCCAGACCUAUUGGAGCUGUGCCACUCAGUGCCCAAGGAAGUGGUCCAGCUGGGGGGCAAAGGCUAUGGGCCGGAGAGCACGGAGGAGGACUUUGCUGCCUUCCGAGCCUGGCUGCGGUGUUAUGGCACGCCAGGCAUGAGCUCCCUGCGGGACCGGCAUGGCCGCACCAUCUGGUUCCAGGGGGAUCCUGGACCCUUGGCGCCCAAAGGGUGCAAGUCCCGCAAGAAGAAAUCCAAGGGAGCACAGAGGGAUCCUGAGGACCAAGUGGAGAACCCUCCACCUCCAAACAAGGCCCCUUCAAGGACACGAAGGGCACGGAGAGGCCUUCCUGAGCAGACUGCGGCCCAGCAGCCCGAGGGGACCAGCCUCCAACGGGACCCAGAAGCCCCCCGUGUCCCUGAGAAAGGGAAGAGGAGGAGGCAACCAGCGACCUCAGGCCGCCGCAGACCCCAAAAGAUCAAGGCUGACACCCCAUCCUUGGAGCCUGAGGAGACCUCGGCCUCUUAGCAGGAGGUUCUCCUUGCUUGCAUCCACUCCUUCCUGCUGCCCUGGAUCUGGGUCUGUGCGGCUUCCUGGAACUUGCAGGGGACUGGCUGCCCCUGGCCCUGUGGCCAUUCCCUAUACAACUAUGAUGUUUUUAAUUGUCCCCAUUGUCCCCAUUUUUUAAGCCCAUGUGAAAAAGGCUGUAAUUUUUAGUAAACUGAUAAACCUUGAA